AUUAGUAAAUAAGUUUCUAUUUUGUGUAGAAGAUAAUGAGAAGCAAUUAAAGGAGAGAGAGCCAGUCAAAGAUAUUGGUAUUCAGUUUGAUUAUAUUGUUCCUUCAAUGGAUAAUUUAGAGUGUCUGAGUGACGUUAACAUAGCCAGUAAGAAACUGUUCCUGAUACAAGGAGACAGACCUCAACUGCUAAACUGGGAGAGGUAUGGGCUAAGAAUUGGAGUAUCUGGAGGAAGCCUAUCAUCGACAGAGACAGCUGAGGUAGCUGUGGUCGCUCUUGUAGGAGGACAGUUUGUGUUUCCUAAGAAGACGGUACUCGUUAGUGGUGUGUAUGCAGUCUCCGUUUCCAGACCUCUCCUCAAAGCACUGAGGCUUGAGAUCCAACACUGCGUUGAUAUUACAGGAAAACCAGCUCUUGUCAGUCGUUUACGAUUUGCCAUAGCUCCUAUCAGCACACCAAAUCUUCCUUACCAUUUCUCAAUAGUCAAUGGAGGGGAAUUUGAUCAUGAUGAUUGGUAUGGAUCAAUCAAUCGGUACAAGUUCUGUCUAGCGAGUAUUGUUGGAUGCACUAAUGGUGAAGGAGGAGGAGAAGGUGAUGAAUGGGAAGGUGAAGGUAUUACUGAAGAAGAGGAGGAGGAGGGAGGAAGAGGAGGAGGAGUUGGAGUGGAAGGUACAACUGCUUCAGGAUCAUCAGUUAACAUCAUUAAUACUAAUGCAGAUCCUAUUGUAUCAAGCGAUGCAACUACAACAGAAGAGGAUGAAGUAGCUACUCAUCAUAUUGAUGCUGAAGUACAAACAGAUAAUAAUAGAGAAGUUAGCUCCAAUGGGAUAGUAGAGGCUAUGACUUAUGCUGGUGUUACUUAUUAUGAAAGAGAUGGGAUUGAAGAUUUACUGAUAUUUUCUGCUGCCAAGAAAUUAAAUGCUCUUUUACAAUAUAUUGAACAGAAGCGUUUAGGAGCUAAACAAGGGCAGAGUAUGUACUUUUCAUUUGAUCCCACUAAAUCUGGCAUUAUAUUAAAAUUUGAUACACCACAAGCAAAACCUUUCACUGGAUGGACUAUUGAACCUCACAUUAAUCCUUGCAUUUUGCGUCGCUGUGACAUUGAUAAUUUUGGGAAUGAAGAUUAUCCCAUUCCUCCAUCUUGUUAUGUAUCAGUUUAUGCAUUACCUGGUGCCGUUCCAAUCUUACAUUACUCUAUACCACUGGAAGGUGUGGUAGAACCAGUGUCAUUCUUUAUACAUAGAGCACUGAGAACACACACUCCAGUUAUUGAAACUGCUGAAGAACCAAGUGCUCCUGCACUGAAACAAAGAAAGAGAAAAAGUCAUUUAAGUACUGACAUCAAGUCUAUCACUGGUAGCUUAAUAGCAGUUAUAAGAAAUAAUCAAGUUGUACUAAGUGAAAUAUUUGAAGAUUCUCUUACUCACAUUGCCUUAGGAUUGAGUGCAGCUAAUAUCAUCACUCACUCAGUUAAGAAUAAUCCUUCUUAUGACUCCAUUAUUAAGAAUUUCAUCACUGGACUAAAAAUGAAAUCCAGCAUUGCUGAACUUGAAGUUCACUGUAUGGAUUUUCUUGAAGCUCUUUCACCCAUUGGAGGUCCAGUGACUGGAGCUGCUGACAUGUUGAGGAGGAAAUGGACAGAAGAGACUAACCUCCAGCUUGACAGUAAAAGAAUCAAGUUAUCUUAGGCUCUGCACCCAUUGCUUUCUUAUAUUAUUAUUAUUAAUUACUAAUGUUUAACUUUAUUAUUAUCACACAUCCAUGCACCUUAUUAAUAUACAGAUACAUAAUUACAUGUACAUGAUGUAUUUUAUACCCUCUUUGUUUGAAUUAAUAUUAUAAAAUGA